UAUCCUUCCUGUUCGUUUGCGUGCACAGGAGAAAGAUGGACUUUUACUUGCUCCUCUUAGCGUCAAUGUACCUAUCUCUUCUCCAGCUCCGUGGCCAAGGAGCUACAGACCCUACAGAUGGUUUCAUCUCUCUCCCUCUCGACAGCUCCAACUUCGACAUCCACAAACCUUAUGACCUACCUGAAAGCGAGCGAUACAGCGUCACCAAUGGUGUCCACAAGCUGUGGGUCCUAUCUACUGACAAACCCCUCUCUCCAACCAGUCCGACUGCUCCUCGUUCUGAGAUUCGCAUACGAGGAUAUGACUACUCUUCUGGAGUGUGGCAAUUCGAAGGACAUGCCUACGUCCCAAGCGGGACAACCGGUGUGUGCAUCAUGCAAGUCUUCGGAGCCAACCGGACGAAUACAGCUACAGCAUUAAUGCUGAGGGUCUACAACGGUGCACUCAUGUACUAUACAACACGGCUCAUAGAAGACGAUAUCUACGGGAGAUGGUUUCGAGUGAAUGUGAUCCAUGAAUUUGGUACAGGGCUGCUCAAGGUUUUCAUUAAUGGAGAUCUGAAGCUGGUUGCAAAGGACCGUGGAGGUGCCUCGCAUUACUUCAAGUGUGGCGUUUAUACGCAAAAUUACUCCUCCUACUUCAUGGAAUCCCUUUGGAAGGAUAUCAAGGUAUUAAAGUUACCUGACUGAGCUAAAGCAUAGAAGCCACUUUGUUUUGGUUUGCGAGAGAAA